CGUGCCCUCCUUGGGCCAGGGCGCCGCUUCUGACACAGCGCUUUCGUACUGUCACUCUGCGGCCCACGACAGGCCCGGAGGACAGAGACCGUGGUCCCCAUUGUUCAGAUGGGACCCUUGAGUCCUGCGGGCGCAGAGUCGGCCUGCCCAGAGACGCAGCCAGUUCCUACUGCAGUCUCUGGAAGAUCUGGACACGAGUUUAAGGAAACUCAACUCCCGCCUGUUUGUGGUCCGGGGACAGCCAGCGGACGUGUUCCCGAGGCUGUUCAAGGAGUGGGGGGUGACCCGCCUGACCUUUGAAUACGACUCCGAGCCCUUUGGGAAGGAACGGGAUGCAGCCAUCAUGAAGAUGGCCAAGGAGGCUGGAGUGGAGGUGGUGACUGAGAACUCCCAUACCCUCUAUGACCUGGACAGGCGGCUCCGUGCGGACACCAGGGAACCUGGCGUUGAGUCCCAGCUUUGGCCCUGCCUUGCUCCGUUACCAGAGGCUCCUGCUCCAGCUCUCUGGGCUUCAUUUUCCCUCUCGGAUCAUUGAGCUGAAUGGGCAGAAGCCGCCGCUUACUUACAAGCGCUUUCAGGCCAUCAUCAGCCGCAUGGAGCUGCCCAAGAAGCCGGUGGGUGCGGUGAGCAGCCAGCAGAUGAAGAGCUGCCGAGCGGAGAUCCAGGAGAACCACGAUGACACCUAUGGCGUGCCCUCCCUGGAGGAGCUGGGGUUCCCCACCGAAGGACUCGGCCCCGCUGUCUGGCAAGGAGGAGAGACAGAAGCCCUGGCCCGCCUGGAUAAGCACUUGGAACGGAAGGCCUGGGUUGCCAACUACGAGAGACCCCGAAUGAAUGCCAACUCCCUGCUGGCCAGCCCCACAGGCCUCAGCCCCUACCUGCGCUUUGGCUGCCUCUCCUGCCGCCUCUUCUACUACCGCCUGUGGGACCUGUAUAAAAAGGUGAAGCGGAACAGCACGCCUCCCCUGUCUCUGUUUGGGCAACUCCUGUGGCGAGAGUUCUUCUACACAGCAGCCACCAACAACCCCAGGUUUGACCGCAUGGAGGGGAACCCCAUCUGCAUCCAGAUCCCCUGGGACCGCAACCCCGAAGCCCUGGCCAAGUGGGCUGAGGGCAAGACAGGCUUCCCUUGGAUUGACGCCAUCAUGACCCAACUGAGGCAGGAGGGCUGGAUCCACCACCUGGCCCGGCACGCCGUGGCCUGCUUCCUCACCCGCGGGGACCUCUGGGUCAGCUGGGAGAGCGGGGUCCGGGUAUUCGAUGAGCUGCUGCUGGAUGCGGACUUCAGCGUGAAUGCGGGCAGCUGGAUGUGGCUGUCCUGCAGCGCUUUCUUCCAGCAGUUCUUCCACUGCUACUGCCCUGUCGGCUUCGGCCGCCGCACGGACCCCAGUGGGGACUAUAUCAGGCGAUACCUGCCGAAAUUGAAAGGGUUCCCCUCUCGGUACAUCUAUGAGCCCUGGAACGCCCCAGAGUCGGUUCAGAAGGCAGCCAAGUGCAUCAUCGGUGUGGACUACCCACGGCCCAUCGUCAACCAUGCCGAGACCAGCCGGCUCAACAUUGAGCGCAUGAAGCAGAUUUACCAGCAGCUCUCUCGCUACCGGGGCCUCUGUCUACUGGCAUCUGUCCCCUCCUGUGUGGAAGACCUCAGCCACCCUGUGGCAGAGCCCACCUUGAGCCAGGCCGGGAGCAGCAGCAGCACGGGCCCCAGGUCACUACCUGAUGGUCCAGCAUCCCCCAAACGAAAGCUGGAAGCAGCUGAGGAGCCACCUGGGGAAGAACUCAGCAAACGAGCCAGGGUGGCAGAGCUGCCCGCCCCCGAGCCCACGAGCAAGGACGCCUGAGAUUGCAGAGCCACUGCUCCAUGAGCAAAGCCUGGGUGCCCAAGCAGCUACCGUGGCCAGAGUGCAACCCACCAAGAAGCUGAAGAAGCUGAUCACCGACGGAGACAGAGCGUGUGUGUGUGUGUGUGUGUGUGUGUGUGUGUGUGUGUGUGUGCGCAUACAUAUUUACACUCAUGAUCCUGAGUGCUGCCUGGGCUGGAGGAGUGCCUGGAGCAGCCACCUGGCCUCCAAACCUAAGGCUAGAGGUCAUGGCCCUGACCUUCCACCUUGUCUGAGUAGGACGUAGUAGAAGGACCCUGCUGGGGAAGAGCAGAAGGCCCACAUUUCGCGGCUCUUGUCCAAAGCACAGGAUUCUAGUGGCGGCCGGAGUCCUGCUGAGUUCCCACUUGGACGCAGGAGACGGGGCAGGCUGGAACGGGUGGGUGCUGCCCAGACGUAGCCACCUGGCCUGUCUUCUCUCCUAUUUUAAAAUCCCCUGCCACCGAUCCUCAUCUGGGACUGAGGACAAGGCUCUAGACAGAUCUGGAAAGUCUCUGCUCUCAGAUGGAAGUAUGCCCAGAUCCCUGACUGGUGUAGUAGCCAAGGAAACACAUCUGCCCUUUCAGGCUUGGACCCCAAAGUGAGGAACAGAAUCCCAGCUGUCACUGUUCCACCCCCAGAAGCUGAAAGCCAGUGCAGAGCCUACCCAGGAGCUGUGCAGGGGCUGGCCUCCGAGAGCUAGUCCCUCCACCAGGAGACUAGGCCAGGUGGCCACACUGCAGGACUUCACGGUGCUCAGUGAGGACAGCUGACGGCCAGCCAGGGAGGCCGGCUCAUCAUUGUUCUGUAGGCUUCCAGGGCCUGCCACGGGCUGGUCCAUAUCCAAGCUGCCGUGUCAGCUGUCCCAGGAGACAGCUGACAGAGGGACUGGGUGGGGGACUGCCAGAGGCACUCACACCCAGCACACCAUCCCUUCCAGAGGCAAUAGGCAGGGGUCUGCACCAGAGCAGCCAGGCCUGCAUUCCAGGGAUGGCCUGGGCCUCUGCUCCCCGCACUGUCACAGGCCUGUGCUGAGGAAAGCCAUGAGAAGGCCUAUGUGGCCAGCUAGAGCAAGUCUUCCUUCCACCCCGUGGCCUACACUUGAGCCACAGAGCGUGCACCUGUGUGUGUGUGUGUGUGUGUGUGUGUGUGUACGUGCGUGUGUGUGCGUGUGUGCACGUGUGUGCCCACGCAUGCACAGAGCUGAAAGGCUAACUAGCUCCUGUUGGGUUUGGUUUUCACGUGUCACAUUAAGCUGGCCUCUGGGCCUCUUCCUCUCUACCUCCCCUGUGACCUUUCCAGCCUCAGAGCUGUUGACUCCCAUGGUCCGCCUUCACUGUCUCAUCCUCAAACCAGAACCCUGGGGCAGGCUCCUGUCUCCUCAGUGUCCAGCACAUUGACAGGCUUCUUCCUGAGAUGGCCUCUAGAGUCCCGCUCUUCUGUGUGUCACCCUCACCAGAGAUGUCCUGUAAUCAUGUGGGGAAACGGCAUAGGUGAUGGUGUUUUCAGAGCACUGGGUGGGGGCUUUCCUUCCCUCAGCCCCAGCCGGGAGGAAGGAGAGUGGGGCGAGCCUGGAAGGUCAAAGGCUGAGGGCCAGACUCAGUAUUUAUUUAGCAGCACCUUCAGCUACCAGGAUGAUUCCCUUCUCCUGCCUAUUGGAUGGCUCUCUUCCCCUCUCUGCCAUUCCCAGCACACUGGCCCAUUCCCAGGACAAGCUUCCUGUGCAAUGGAGCGGUCCACUCCUGGAGCUCUGGGGAGAGGUGUGGUGGCCUGGAGCUCCAUGAUGGCUCAUGCCUCCCUCCUGGCCCAGGUGUCUCUGGGGCUGCCAUCGAGCAAUGCCCCAGACCCUGAUCCAAGGACCAGCUCAGGGAAGAGACAGUUGCAGGCAAAAUGCACUUUAUAGAGAUUUUCGAUUGCUGGGAAGGUGUGUUUCUCCCACAGUUUGUGCAUAUUCACUUGUUUUAUAAACGUCUGAUCCUGUCUGA